GCGGGGUAGGAGCGGGGCAUCCCCACCGACAUCCCGCUGCGCAAGUUCCACACGCGCCGCUUCUCCGUCACCAUCAUCGACGCGCCGGGCCACCGCGACUUCAUCAAGAACGUGCUGAGCGGCACCUCCCAGGCGGACACCGCCGUGCGGAUGGUCUCGGCCGCGCCCGGGGAGGGGGAGGCCGGCGUGCCCCGGCCGGGGCAGACCCGCGAGCACGCCUUGCUGGCCUAGACCCUGGGCGUCAAGCAGCUGCUGCUCGGCCUCAGCAAGAUGGACCUGACCGAGCCGCCCUACAGCCAGCGACGCUUCCAGGAGGUGGUGCAGGGCGUCAACCUCUACCUGUGCAGGAUCGGCGGCUACAGCCCGGCCGCGCUGCCCUGCGUGCCGGUGUCCGGCUGGGCCGGCGAGAACGUCACACUGCCCAGCCCCAAGAUGCGGUGGUUCAAAGGCUGGAAGGUCAAAUGGAAGGAGGGCUCCGGGAAGGGACAGACGCUCCUGGAAGUGCUGGAUUCUCUCCUGCCACCCGUGUGGCCCAGUAACAAACCCCUGAGGGUGCCUCUGCAGGAUGUCUACAAGAUCGGAGGAAUUGGCACUGUACCAGUGGGGAAGAUAGAGACAGGCAUCCUCAAGCCUGGCAUGAACAUCUCCUUUGCCCCUGCAAACCUCUCAGCAGAGGUCAGAACCAUUGAAAUGCACCAUGAGCUGCUUCAGGUGGCUUUUCCUGGUUACAAUGUGGGCUUCAACAUAAAGAACAUUGCAGUCAAAAACCUGAGACGGGGCCAUGUAGCUGGCAACUCCAGGAGUGACCCCCCAGCAGCAGCAGCCCACUUCACUGCUCAGGUGAUCAUCCUGAAUCACCCUGGCUUUAUCAAGGCUGGCUACUCACCAGUGGUAGACUGUCACAUUGCUCAUGUCACCUGCCAGUUUGCUGAGCUCUUUGAGAAGAUUGACCGUCGAUCUGGGGAGAAGCUGGAGGACAAUCCCUCCGUGCUGAAGUCCGGAGACUCUGCUACUGUCAGGCUUGCACCUAAGAACCUCUGUGUGGAGAGGUUUUUUGACUAUCCUCCUUUAGGUCUCUUUGCAGCUCGGGACUUGAAGCAGACUGUUGCAGUUGGAGUCAUCAAAUCUGUGGAAAAGAAGCCUGCAGGUGUCACUAGAAAACAGGUGCAGAAAGCUCUGCUUAUCAAGUGAAAUGGGUCCUUUUUUUUUUUUUUUUGUUUAAAGCCAAUUUAAUUGAAAGGUAUCUUUAAUGUAAUAAGGUUAAUUUGAGAUGGACUUUUGUUUUGCUUAACCUGGAAUUGGGAUGUUUGUUUUAUGGCUGAUUCAGAGCCAGCAACAUUAUCUGAACAUUAAAAGCCUCUUCAUCUCAGAGGCCUGCAUCCAGUUUAAUAAAGAAAUCAUU